AUGGUCCUUAUCGCUCCCAUCCUCGGCGCUGCCGUCUUCCUCACUGGCUUCGCUGCCGCCCUCCCCACCAACCCCUACGAGGACUCGUCGUCGAACUACGGCGGCAACUCGUACGACAAGGGCAACAACUACGGUGGUGGCUCGUACGACAAAGGCAACAACUACGGCGGCAACUACGAGCCGUAUGAGCCCAAGUACGACACCAAAGUCAUCCAAAGCACAAGCACCGAGCCCAAGAUGAUGAAGGAGACCACCACCCCCAUGAUGAUGAAGGAGACUACCACCACCCCCAUGAUGAUGAAGGAGACCACCACUACACCGAUGAUGAUGAAGGAGACCACUACCCCGAUGAUGGAGAAGCCCAAGACAACAAUGAUGGAGGAAAAGUCGACAAAGAUCAUCCAAUCGACUUCGGUACCACCCCCCAAGGAGACUCCUAGCUACGGUUCUGGCAAGAGCUACUGGGGCGGCAGCGGCUACGACGACUGUGUCAACCAAUGCAUUGCCAAAUACGGCUCUCCGGAGAAGGGUGGCUCGUACCAGGCCACUCAAACCUCUGGCAACAGCGGCAGCAAGGGCACUGGCGCUACCCACACUGUCAUCGUCGCCCCGACCAAGGGUGUCUUCCGUAUGGUUCCCUUCGCCGUCAACGCCUCGACUGGUGACACCAUCGAGUUCCACUGGGGUGCUUCCAACCACACCGUCACCAAGAGCUCUGCUCUCACUCCUUGCAACAAGAGCUCUGACGCACCCAUCUUCGCAUCUGGUGAGCAAAACCAGGGCUUCGUCUUCACCCAGGUCGUCAACGACACCAACCCGACCUUCUACUACUGCGCAACCGCUGGACACUGCCCCAAGGGAAUGUUCGGUGUCAUCAACCCGCAGAUGGCUGUUCCUGGAGCCCCUACGUCGCUCGGUGGAAUGAUGCAAACCAUGGCCAAGGACGACUCUGACCUCUCUGCUUAUGCCGCCUACAGCUCCAACGUUACCACCAACAACGCUGCCGCUUCCACCUGGGGAACCAACUUCGAGAUGAACUCGAUCCCCGACUGGGCUCGUAGCCUGUUUGCCGAGAACGUCCUCUACACUCGUGCUGUCUUGGCCAUGAACAGCGAAGUUCUCAAGACCGACAACUCUGUUGACCUUGCCAGCGUUGCCGCCACACCUUUGAUGCUGCCCAUGGACAUCAAGGAGGCCCUUGACAACUCUAACUCUGCUCCAUCACCGGCUGCUCCCGGUGGCGCUGCUGGUGGUGCUCCUGGCGCUAGCGGUGCACAGGCUGCUGCCGCCGCCCCAGCUGCUCAAUCACCAGCUGCGUCAUCACCAGCCCCAUCUAACGGUGCUUCAUCAAUUGUCUCCUCCAAAUUCGCGGUCGCUCUCUUUGUUGCCGUCGCUACCUUCUUCGCUCUGUAA